AACAAUGAGUGAAGAAGAGGACGAGUUGAAAGAAAUAAUACCGAUACCACUAUUAUCAGGAGAUGGAGAUAGAGAAGAUCUUAGCAGUUUACCGAUUCGUAUUACUAUGGGUGAUCUUAAGAAUGUUCCAACUCAUGUCAUCAAUUACGUUGACGACUUUAAGCAAAUUAAAAAAUUAUUUGUAUUUUUUAAACCAACAGAAGAAUACAAGGAUACCUUUUAUUUUGAUGAGAUAUACGGAAUAAUCGAUCUAAAAACAAAAGUACUGCAAAAAUUUGAAGUCCAAGGUUUAAGCGCGCUUUCUGCUUAUGAAGCUAUCUACGUAUUCGAGGAUAUUCAUACGUAUGGCAUAAUUGGUGUAAAUUUUAUUUCAUCAAAGGUGCAAGAACGCAUACUUGUUAAAUUUUAUAAAAUUUCUUACAUUAUGGUUCCACACACUUGCGAUAAUCCUAUAGAUGCAAGGAAAUUAUUCCAACUUAGAUUAGACAGCGAAUCGAAUAGCCAAGAUGCAUCAGAGCAAUUCCUGUAUCCUAAUGUUGUCAUCUCUGAUUUUAUUGUGGGUGUCUGGGACAACAAGUUAUGGAUUCAAACUUUGGUCCGUGAGACUAAAGAAUGGACCGAAUAUUUACGUGAAGAGCUCCAUGACUAUAAUAGAAUUCAAAUACAAUUUUGUGCUGAAGAAAUAGAACUGAUGAUGGAAGACACUUUGGCACAGGCUAAAAUUUAUCUAAAUUAUAAUGAAACCAGAGUAAUUAAAAAAAAAAGAUAUUAUAAUGGAUACUUAUAUACUUGGAUUGUUGAGGAAACUGAUGAUAAUACUUUUCUAACAGCCUGGAUAUUUGAUCAUAAAGCUUUAGCAUGGAGCAAAGUUGGAAAUAAAAUACAGACUUUUUUAUCUGACAUUAAACUACUUACUAGUGAAGAUAUAGUGGCAAUUUCAUCAAAAGGAAUAUUUGUUUGGACAGUAGUUAAGGAUCAUGGAAUCAAGUUACUUUAUUAUUGGGGUUCAGUUAAAAUCGCUAAACCCAAUGCAUAUUAUUAUGAAUUAGUCGUUGACCAAAUUGAGUUUCUUAACGAUAAAUUGGUGUUUUCUAAAAACUCUCUACCUCCUCCAAGCUUCAGCCAAUUAAUAUCUCAUCCAUCGCAUGAUUGUUAUAUGGAUACGAGAAUUAUUGUUUUUGCUUUUGCGCAUUCUUUGCAUAUCUUAUUAAGGCCCAUUUCUGAUUAUUCUUAUGACCAACCAAGUUAUACUGAUGAUGUUAAUAAUCCUUGGAAUCUUGCUACGAGAUAUCAACCUAUUUUACCUAAUGGUACAAUUGAAAAUGGGUCAUCUCUUAUUGAAACUCCCGAUGCAAACAUAAAUAUGUUUGCUCUAUUUAGUACCGCUAUUGUUGCUGUUUAUUUCAUGUUAACAGGAGAUUCAAGUUCAAUUUCGUCUUGGGUUUUGAAAGAUAAUUGGACAUUAGUCUUUUUGUUGGCCAUAUUUUCUUUUUUUACAACAAUUUAUCUGAUGAAUUUGUUUAUUGGAUUACUUGGCAUGGCAAUUGAUGAAACGAAUAAUGUUGAAUCAUUCCUUCAUUUAAAAGGAGAGAUAUUGGCUGAAAUUGAACUUUUUUGGAUGCUACCCUAUCAAAGAAGAAAGAAAAAUUGGUUUCCCGAUAUUUUAUACUAUGAAGCUUCGAUUGAAGAACUUCAAAAUUUUGUUAAAAAAGCACAAAAUGAAGGCGAAGAUACAUUCUCACCGCAUUUGUCUGACUCAAUUCUUAAAAUUUCACAAGUUGAUAUACCAAUUGAAGUAAAAGCUAGAGAAAUUGGAAUUAAAAUCGAUAAAUAUGAAGAAAAACUCAACAAAAUUCUUGAUGCUCUUGAAAAGUUAAAUUCAAAUCACCAAGGUUAA